AUGGAAGCUCCACCUAAACCAAAAUAUGUUAUGCUUUCCGAUGACCACCACCAAGCCAGCCUCCGCCCUCCCCCCUAUCGCCGCAACGUCCCUCGUUACCAUUCCAAAGCCAACGGCGGAGGUGGUGGCGGUGUUGGUUGUUGUCUAAAAUGCAUCUGUUGUUGUUAUUGUUUUAUCUUCUUCCUUAUCUUUGCUCUAUUCGGCCUCGGCUAUUUCCUUUUCUAUUAUUACAACCCCCAAGUCCCUUCUUACAAAGUAUCUGAUUUCAGUGUCCAUGCCUUCAAUGUCAAAUCCGACUUCAGUUUAUACACUGAAUUCAUCGUUAUCGUUAAAGCCGAUAACCCAAAUGCAAACAUUGGUUUCGUUUAUGGGAAAGAUAGCUCUGUUUCUGUUAUGUACUCUAAAUCGGAGCUCUGUUCCGGGCAGAUUCCAAAUUUCCGGCAGCCGUCGAAGAAUGUAACGGAUAUAAGUAUUUUGUUGAGUGGGAAUAGUGAAUUUGGAAGUGGGUUACAAGAAGCAUUGAUGCAGAACAGACAUAGUGGGAAAAUUCCGUUGCUUGUUAAGGUGAAAGUGCCGGUGACGGUGGUGAUUGGGAGCUUGUCGUUGAAGAAGGUCAAUGUGUUUGUUAAUUGUUCAUUGGUGGUUGAUAAGUUGUCGCCGAAUAAGAAAGUUGAGAUUUUGUCGAGUAAUUAUACUUAUGGUGCUUCUUUGUGA